CUGUUCUCGCCACUGUCACACGGUUCUCGUCCGGGCCUCACGCCGGUCAUCCCACGUUUGUCUUUGCAACCCUUUGUCCUUCUUCGUCGAGCCAUCGUCGACGUUCACAUCCGCGAUACGUCGACGGCGAUCUCCAUUAUCUUCUCGUUCACUCAAUCCAUCUCGCGCGUCACAUCGCGAGACACAUCCCGCGAUCUUCCGCACCAUCCCAUCGUCUUUCCGCACGGACGUCUGUCCAAGUCGCCAAGUCAGAACUUCGGAGAUCAAAUUCAAGGGUAUCACAUCCUUCGUGCGAAUUCACGGUCCCAUUCAGGCUGACACCGACUCGCAGUCUACCGGUGCGAUAAAGGGGGUGAACGAGCGACGAAGCCAUAAGCCUCUACUUUUGCUGACUAUCUGCUCUCAACGAGCCUCUUCUUUACUUAUCUUCACGCUUUCAGCAGCCCGAAAAUGAUGAGUUCGACGAUAAUGAUCCUCGUAUCCGUGACAACUAUGGCAAUCCUUUCCGGCGAAGCUCUCGCCGGGUCGCCUGGUAUUUCAUGCAACCCAGGAUUUCUUGACGAACUUCCACCUAGACUCCGUAAAAUCUGCAUGGCCUUCGCCAGAAUAUGGGACGUUAGGGAUAUGAAUGACUUCAUUGACGACAAAGAAUACCGGGAGAACUUACCGCGAUACGACAGCGCUGUCAAGAGACAAGACGUUGAUCAUAUUUUCUUGCGCUUUGGAAAACGACGUUAGAACCAGGCAUUACACUCUGCUCUCUAUUCGCAAGCGAAUAGAUAAACGAUUCGAGUUACCUUUAAGUUUCUCAUUCGAUCAUUCCGUCGUCUAGAGAACUCAGCGCGUCUACGGAAAAUGUAAAAAAAAAGGGAAAAAAAUGAAAAGAGUAAGAGCAACAUUUCACCGAAAAAUGAUCUCGUUAACAUCGUUAAUGGUUUAAUAAUUUUCAUUUUUAUUUUUGCUGUAUACAAACAGCAUUUAAGAGAUCAAAUUGAUCCUCUCGAGCGCUCUGAAUCGUCUCUGCGUGAAAGUAAGUAUAUCUUGUUAAAUAUAUGGAUUUUAUGCGCGUUAAAGUAAUUAGUUUUGCUCUCUUUGUUUGACAAAAGCGAAAACUUUAAAGGAACUUUAAUUAACAAUUAAACAUAUAUUAUAUUACAGCACUGAUUAACAGCUAUUAUUCCGUUAGCAGAACAAAAAUUUCACAUUAUAAGAUAAUUUUGUUACAAGAUAAUUUUGAUAAUAUAAAUAAUUUUUCUUUGAACACUUUAAUAUCCCGACAUGUUGGAGCACUGAAAAUAUAAUCAUGUAACGCUCGAGAAAGAAUAAUUAGAUAGUUACGAAAAUAAAAACGAAUUUCACGAUAUUUCAUUCUCUUUGUUGAUCAUAUAUAAUUUUAUGAGUAAUGUCAAAUGUCAACUGUUAAAUAUUAAAUCUUCGAAAACUGAAGCUACUCUUAAUUCUAUAUGUUGCCACAUCAUAAAUAAAGAGUCUAUCGCAAUGA